AUGUCGAUUGCUAUCCCAGCUAAUAUACAAAUUUCGGCUGGUGAAGAUGCUGAUUUAGAAGAUGAUGAACAAACACAAGAUUGGUCCGAGAUAGCGAAGCUUUCUAGAACUAAUGAAGCUAUAGCUGUUAUACCAAAGAGAGGCGAGAAGGAUUUUGAACCUGAUGAAACCAACAUGCAGGAGUUACUAUUAUAUAGAGCCCAGAAGGCUAUGUUUGAUACACUCACAAAUUUCAUUAGAGGAUCCAUCAUUAAAUCACAAGUUAAGGCAUAUUAUAUUCCUGAAACACACUUGGCAUACAUACCUCAACCUAGAGGCAAUUUUAUGAACACCAUGGGGAGAGCAACAUCAUCGGGGGAUUUUUUUUUGCAAUUUCACGAAUUCGUGUAUUUGGCAGAAAGAGGUACAGUCACUCCUUUCAUAAAGACUGAAGAGUUGGACAUUCCAUUAAGCAUACAGGAUUUGUAUGUCCUUUUCAAGGAUCAGAACGAACUCGAUACCUUUGCCAUAUAUGCUCAUUUGAAGAGAUUGGGGUUUAUAGUGACAAGUGCUGAUGAUACAUCAUAUGACACAACAUCCUUCUACGCACCAUCAUCGGUCUGCAGCAAACGUUCACACUUACAACUUUUAUACAAUGCCUUGACGGGCUCACUUGCACAGCAAAAAAUAUCCCUCCAUAAUCGGUGGUUUUUCAGUCCAUGGAAUUUUUAUUUUCAGAAAUAUACAUCUUCUCCACAAUUGUAUAGAGGAUUGAAUACUCUAAUACCUUCCACAAACAUUCCAAAGACAGUCAUUGAUCUUCGUGGAACGUUUCGUGACACUGUGCAAAAUGAAAAUACUGAUCUAAAGAUUAAUUUCAAUGUCUGGAAACCUCAAACUAAUUAUAAAAAAAAAAGUCCUGGUCUUCCAGAUUAUCAAGUUGUUAUAUAUAAUAAAAAUGAUCCAUCAAGUCAUUUCCCCACUUACUCCGAAAUUAAAGGUAUUUUUAAUUCUUUGGAUUAUAAAUUUGAAUUCCUUCAAGAAGGAAUGGAUUGGGAUGCAUCUACCUACACAAAUGGCAUUAAAAGAUCAGAGUAUUUGACGAGUUUGAAAUCAAAAGCAAAACAAAAAAAAUCAAGUGAUAAUCCAAUGAAUAAAAAUGUGAAAACGCGACGCCCAGCCUCUUCGUUCUCACCUCAAGUACAGCAAUUAAGAAGAUUGAGAAAUGGGUUUAGAACUUUCUUACUAGCUAUCAUGGAUGAUGGAAUAAUAAGUUUUGUUAAGAUAUCGGAAGCUGAUUUCGGUUCAGAAAACGUUUGGCAUUCUCCAAUGCUUCAUAAAGUGAGAAAAUCACCUUUUAAUAGAAACAAGAAAAAUGGUAAAAAUGUAGAAGGACCACAGAAGUUCAGUGCAAGUACCAUUGAGAAAAAGUAG